AUGAGUCAGACCCAAAAAAUCACAGUUGCUCCAGCCAUUACUGGUGAACUAGACAUCAAUCAUGCCUUACACAUCUUACCUCAGUCAUUCCAACCAUGGAGACCAACAAUCUUGUCAUACACAGCAUCUUUAUUUUCAACUGUUGUUGGAUUUCCACUAGAUUCCAUCAAAACUAGAAUGCAAACGCAUCCAUUCAACGGUAUAUACGAUUGUUUCAGAAAAACAGUGAAACAUGAAGGUCUUAAAGGUCUUUUCAGAGGUGUCACAGCUCCAUUAUUAUCAACAUCAUUCUCAAAAUCACUGGGUGUUUCAAUAUAUACAGCUGCUAAGCCAUAUUCUGCGAUGCUGCAAGAUUUCACUAUUAAGCCAAUACCCACAAAUGAAUCGGAUUCUCAUAGAAAACAAAACUUAAUAUUGGCCAUAAAUAAUGCCCCAAUUUCAUUUGCUUCAGGUUUUGCAGCUGGUGCUGGUACUAGUUUAUUUGCAUGUCCCUUCGAAUUCACAAAAUUGUUUCAACAAUUGUAUAUACUGAUGCAAGGUGAGUUGAAUCUAAACCCAAGAAGAAUGCCAAAGACAACAUUCCAAGUCGCUAGACAAAUUAGAAAGUAUGAAGGUAUUCUAGGAUUAUAUUCUGGUUAUAAAUUUCAUUUAUUGAGAGAUGCAUUCGGUUCAGGUCUUUAUUUCAGUGUUUAUGAAACUUCAAAGAUUUUAAUUGAAGGUUUUUCAGGCCCAGAUGGUAAAAUUGCCGGUACAAAUAUACCAAUGGGUACACUCUCCAUUACAGUUGCUGGUGCCAUGUCUGGGAUCUUUAGUUGGAUGCUUGUUUUCCCAAUAGACACUGUUAAAUCAUUAACACAAAGAGAUAUAGUUUCUAAUAUCGUUAGAGAAUUGGCUCGUAAGCCUCCAAAACCUUUAUUGGUAAGAAAGCUAACAUUCCCAACAAGAAAAAUGUAUAGAGGUCUAAGUGUUAGCGUCACGAGAUCUGUUAUCACUAGUGUUGCAUUCUUUUCUUGUUUUGAAUAUUUAAUGAAGUACAUAGCAUAA